AUGUCCACCGCACCGUCGAGUCUCAAGACUCCACCCCCGUCGACGCCCGACACGAUCGUCCUCCUCUUCCCGGCGCCGUCGAUCCUCCUCGUCGUCCUCAACAACCCGCGCGGCCUCAACUGCCUCUCGACGUCCGUGCACUGGUCCCUCGACGCGCUGCUGUCGUGGUUCGACAACGAACCGAGCCUGGGGUGCUGCGUGGUCACGGGCGCGGGCCGGGCGUUCUGCGCCGGCGCCGACCUCAAGGAGUGGAACGAGUCCAACGCGCGCGCCGCCAGGGGCGAACCGGGCCAGCGCGUCAUGCCGGCCAGCGGGUUCGGCGCCGUCAGCAGGCGCACGGGCAAGAAGCCCGUCGUCGGCGCCGUCAACGGCCUCGCCUUCGGGGGAGGCAUGGAGAUGGUCGCCAACAUGGACAUGGUCGUCGCCGCAAAGGGCGCCCUGUUCGCCCUGCCCGAGGUCAAGCGGGGCGUCGUGGCCUUCGCCGGCGCCCUGACCCGACUCGUCAGGACCGUCGGGAAGCCCAGGGCCAUGGAGAUGGCCUUGACGGGGAGGACCGUCGCCGCCGCCGAGGCCAGAGAAUGGGGCUUCGUUAACGCCGUCACCGAGGACGCACCCGCGGAUGCUGACGUCCUCGACAGGCCGGUCGUGAAGAAAGCCCUCCAGUACGCAACCGAGAUUUGUGGCAAUAGCCCAGACAGCGUCAUUGUCAGUCGCGCCGGUAUCAUUGCGGGUUGGGAAGAUGGCAGUGCCGAACAUGGUACGCAAACGACAAAUGAAGUCUAUCAGACACGCUUGAACCAAGGAGAAAACAUACGAGAAGGUGUCAAGGCUUUUGUUGAAAAGCGCUCUCCGAGAUGGGUCCCCAGCAAGUUGUAG